UUACGUAAUAUCCAUUCAUGACGUCAUCAAUUCCUUGAAAAUCCUGAAAGAUAUGUCUUGUGCUGAAGUGAAGUGUAGAGGCAAAGUUCGUAUCGAAGUUGACGCUGUUUUCGUGUUUAUUUAAACGAUGGUAGUUCUAUAGGCUUAAAUCUAGUGAAGAUGGGAUUUUCACAGACCAUAUUAUUGAUUUUACUGGUUGGAUGUUUCCACAAUGGAGAACUGGCCAAUACAAUUACAGUGAAAGUUGGCGUAUUGUUAAUGCAGGAAGUUGAUUGGCCAUGGGAUUUGAGGAGGGUAGGACCUGCUAUUGAGGUGGCAAAGAUUGCAGCAAAGACUAAAUAUGAUGUUGAGCUUAACUAUCAAUAUCACGCUUACCUUGGACAAUGCCCAUUGGAAAAGUCUGUUGGCCACCUUGCUGAACUGUACUAUGAUCAUAAUGUUGAUGCGGUGAUUGGCCCAGGUUGUUCAGAGUCAAUCACUGGUGCUGCCCGGUUGGCGGAAUAUUUGGGGCUACCUAUUGUUACAGGUGUUGGUGAUCUUGUAGUCAGGAACACAUAUAAUGAUGAUAUGUACGAGACAUUAACAAUAUUAUCAUACAAUAUUGGAAAACUCUCAGAUUCUAUAGCGGCUAUUAUGAAAACUUACAAAUGGAAACACUCCACUGUGAUAUAUGACUAUCCGCUCACAAUAUUCAAAAUAGCAGGUUCGAAUCUCGUAAAAGAUCUCCGAGACCACAGUGAGGAUUUUGCUAGACCGUAUGAAAUAACAUUUGAUGGCAAUAAAAUGGACACAACUUCACAGUACAGUGCUAUUCUUCAAGAAGCUAAAUUCUACUCAAGAGUGUUUAUUUUCUUCUGCUAUGACAGAAUUUUCCGAGAAUUCUUAUGGGCAGCCUACCAAAAUGGCAUGGCAAAUGGAGACUAUGUAUUUAUAACCCUGGAACUGUUCCCAUCAGCUUGGCUUGGAUAUUACAUGAAAUACAUAAAAAAUGAUACCAAGGACUAUGGUGUAAGCAAGGCCUAUGAGACUGUCUUAGUGCUUACUUUAAAAAAGCUUGAUAACCCUGAGUACUUACAGAUGGCCCAAUCUGUGAUUGACCGAGCCAAGUUACCACCAUUUAAUUAUGUAUUCCCACCAGAAGAAGAUGUAAAUUACUACAUCACAGCUUUCUAUGAUGCCGUGCUUUAUCUUGCCGCUGCAUAUAGAAGCCGAGCUGAUGAGCUCAAUUUAGCCGACCCUAGCUCACAUGUGUUUAAUGGUUCCGUAGUGGCUCAACAAUUGUGGAAUUCGACUUUUGAUGGAAUCACUGGAACAGUGGCUGUUAAUGAGAUAGGGGAUAGAAAAGCCGAUUUUGACCUUUUUGAUAUGUCAUCAGAUGAGACUUGGGCGAGGGUUGGCCGUUUCCAAGGUGCAAGUCAAGCAUUUACCCCAACUUCUGGCGUGGAAAUUGUUUGGCCUAAUGGUCUUCCUGAAGACAUGCCUGUUUGUGGUUACCGUGGUGAACUUUGUGAACCAGAGGGGCCAAAGGAUUACACUGUGCUGAUUGCAGUCCUGGUCAGUGUAUUUGUACUGUUAGUUUUAGCCCUGGGUGUGAUGUAUAUAGUUUACAGGAAAUAUCAAGCCGAACAAGAACUAGGUAGAAAGACGUGGAUUGUAGACUUUUCUGAAAUUCAAGUCAGGAAAGGAAAGUUCAAUGAUUCAUUUCUCUCAAAGAGUGUACUCAAUCUUGAGGAGAAGGAAGAGCAAGUGUUCUGCAAGACAUCAUUUUGUCGUAAUCAAGUGGUAGCAGUAAGAUCUUUACAUUUGCCAUCCAUCGAAGUGACAAGACAACUUUCUAUUAGCUUCAGACAGAUGCAAAUGGCCACCCAUGCAAAUAUUGCCACCUUUGUAGGCAUCUGUUUAGAACCGGAUCAUUUCUCAAUGCUGAUGGAGUAUUGUCCUAGAGGAAGUCUUCAGGACAUGAUUAACAAUGACAGCAUUGAACUAGACUGGGACUUUCGUUUUGCUCUCAUUCAGGAUGUUAUUAAGGGUAUGCAGUACUUACACAACAGCCCACUUAAUGUGCAUGGUAAUUUCUCUAGCACCAACUGUGUAAUUGACAGCCGUUUUGCUUUGAAGAUCACCGACUAUGGCCCGGCUUCAUUUUUGGCUGAAGACAGAUCUAUUGCCAGGAAGCAGGCAUUGGAAGCUGGCGAAUAUAAUAAAAGAAAGCUUUUAUGGACUGCUCCGGAACACCUUGUAAGCACAACAGAGAUCAAUGGCUACUCUCAGAAAGGUGAUGUUUAUUCGUUCGGUAUCGUACUUCAGGAGCUUAUAAUGAGGAUGGAACCAUUUGAGGAAAACCACAUGGAUACUGAUGAUAUAAUCAACCAGUUGAUAACGAAGAAACCGCAACUUCUACGUCCUAUUGUUGCUGAAGACGCAUGUACUCCGGAACUUAUGUCAUUAAUGAAGUCUUGCUGGUGUGAUGAACCAUCUGAAAGGCCAUCGUUCAAUGAUAUAGAUGAAGUAUACAAGAAAAUGAGAAGGGGAAAAGUGACCAAUAUGAUGGACAACUUAUUGAAGAGAAUGUCUGACUAUGCAGACAAUCUGGAACAUCUCGCGGCAGAGAGAACUAAAGCUUACCUUGAAGAGAAACAGAAAGUUGAAGAACUACUCAACAAACUGUUACCUGAAUCAGUAUCUAAGCAACUACAAGCAGGAAUGACAGUCACUCCGGAAUCAUUUGAUUCUGUGACCAUCUACUUCUCUGAUAUUGUUGGAUUCACAGUUCUGUGUGGAAAAAGUACACCAAUUCAGGUAGUAGAUCUGCUUAAUGACUUGUAUACAGCCUUUGACAGUGCCAUUGAUCAGUUUAGGGUGUACAAGGUUGAGACAAUAGGAGAUGCUUACAUGUGUGUAUCUGGACUUCCCAACAGGAUAGGGGAUGAGCAUGCCAAGGAAAUGAGCAAUAUGUCUCUUACUAUACUCUAUACACUGAAAACAUUCAAGAUAAGACAUUUGCCAGAAGAACAACUUAAAGCUCGUAUUGGACUCCAUACAGGGGCAGUCGUUGCUGGUGUAGUGGGGUUAAAGAUGCCAAGAUAUUGUUUAUUCGGGGAUACUGUCAAUACUGCAUCUAGAAUGGAGUCCAAUUCUAUACCUUUCAGAAUUCAUAUAUCUAACACAACUAAGACAUUGUUAGAUCUUACACCAAUAUACAACAUUGAAGAAAGAGGUGAAAUUGAAGUUAAGGGAAAGGGCACAAUGAAGACAUUCUGGUUGAAUGAGUUUGAAGAAGGUCAACCUAUUUACCCUGGAAGUGAUAUAAUACAAACACCAAAGAGGCAAUAUGAAGCCUAGUACUCUAGUUGGACAGAAAUUGGUGUCCAUUUAUUAUGUAUAUGGUCAUAGUUUUUGUUUACUUUAAGUGUAACAGUUUUAAUGUUUACAAGUUUUGGAUUGGAAUUAAUCAGAAAAAGGAAGAGAAUUGAAAAAAGGAAGAAGUACAAUGUAUUGAAAAUACAAGUAAAGGAGAAUAAUUUAAAAAGAACAUUAAAUCGUGGAACUGCACAUUUUUUUCAAUAGUCUUGAAGUGUAUAAGUUAAUUAUGGUUUAACAAAAUGAAAUUAAGGAUGAUUAAAAUUUUAUUGUUAAUUA